AACGGUGCCCCCAAAUGGGUGUGUUGUUCUAGGACCCUGUGACCUUCACAGACGUGGCCGUGAAUUUCACCAGGGAGGAGUGGGCCCUCCUGGACUCCGGGCAAAGAAUUCUCUAUAGAGACGUGAUGCUGGAAAACUGCAGGAACCUGGCCUCUCUGGAUUUGCUAACGCAACAUCAAACCAAAAACUCAACCCCUCAGCCGGACAUUCUUGCUAAAAAGACACCUGUUGAAGCAAAGAGAGUGUGCACUGUGAGCCAUGCUUGCCGGCCGUCCCAAUUGGGAGAAGACUGGAAAUGCCACAAAACAGAUGAACCACUCAUGCAAAGGGAGCAAAAGUUGAAGCAAGUUGCCACUGUACACGAUAAAGAUGAGUCUCCGGUUAGAAUCCAUGACUCUCAUGAUAUGAGGGACGACUCUCUGCCUAGCUCAUGGAGAGAUUCUACAGGAAACCGUAUCCAGAAACAUGGCUCAGAUAUUCUGAAACAAAAUCUUGUCCUAACCAGUCAUCAAAAGAUCUACAGAAACAACAAAAAUGAUAGAGUCUUGCAGCAGAGUGUUGAGACGACCCCAUCUGUAGGACAUCAGAUGGAGCCAGAGUCCAAAAUAUGGACUGACCGUCAGAACAAUGUGCUUCAGACAUAUAAUAAUGUCUGCAGGGGGGUGGACAUCCAUGAAUGGGAUCCAUUUGGAAAAACCUUUGAGGAAGACAUUUCCCUUAGGUUAUGCAAGACUCCCAUGAAGGAGAAGACUUACGAGUCUAAUCCAUGUGAAAUCACCUUCCAAAAUAGCUCAACCCAUGAUGUGCAGAGGCAACUCGAUACGGCAGAGGCAAAUCAUGAGAAGAAUCAAGGUGAGAAAACCUCUGUCCAUAUUGCAAAUUCUGACUCACACAGGAAGACUAAGACCAGAGAGGGGAGAUAUAUAUGUCAAGAUUGUAGGAAAAGUUACGUGCAUCUGUCAUUCCUUAUGAAACACAUGGAAAUUCACACCGGAGAGAAACCUUAUGAAUGCAAGACCUGUGGGAAAGCCUUUAGAUAUACCUUACACCUUAACAAACACUUAAAAAAGCACAUUAGGAAGAAGCCCUAUAAAUGUGAGGAAUGUGGGAAAGCCUUCACCAAUUCUCACAGAUUUAAAAACCAUCUGAAAAUUCACAGUUGAGGGAUGCCUGGUCAG